AUGCCUGAUAUAUUCAAGCAUUACAAUCAGAGCUUAGACGCUCUGCUAAAUGAAGCGGCCGUGUACGUGCUUCUAAGGCCGUUUGAGAAUUUACCAUGUCCACUGUCUGAUGUUGGGAAUCAUGACAACUACUAUCGCAGACAACUUCGGAUUAGGUGCGUUCUACUAAAUUGCCUUGACAACAAGACCAAGUUGUGA